AUGGAUGGCUAUUAUUACCAACCCCCAAUGGUUCAACAAUAUGGCUAUGUCCCUACUCAACCAGUGUACUAUAUGGGCCCACAGGGCUAUUAUUCACAAUUUCUUCCACCCAUUCCGGGGAGUCAACAAGAACAACAGUUCUAUAAUGCGGGCCAACCCAACCAAGCAACUAAUAUCACGAACAAGAAGGACAAAAAAAGACUUCAAAUCCAGAACAAAUUGAUAAAAAUGGAGGAAAAGUUUCAAGAAGAAAAGGAUUUCAUUUAUAGAAGCAAUCUUCAUGAUUUGCAGUAUGAAAGGAGUACUCUCCACGCCGACGUCAAUGAGGCAUACUUAACAGAGAUCCGUGAUCUUCAAGAAAUCAGAGAUGAAGAGCUGGUAAGGCUACGUCUUUGGGAAGAUUAUCAAGUGAGUUGCGUCACGAGACAGUUUAAUGAAGGCUAUGAAAAGGCCAACAAAGAGUAUGACAGAUUGGUCACUAUUUUCAAAACAAAACUGAAAGAGAGAAUUGAGCACAAAAUAAAACAACUUAAAGAAGAUAAGGUACUAAUGGACUUUAGUAGCCAUUUGCCAAAGACGAACACUCGUUCUCAUAAUAACGUCAAUGGUGGAAUAUUUGGCCUUACCCCCGGUAACAUUUCUGAUAGAGAGGUCAAUUCUAACGGCUAUUACUCUUCCACGGAUAGAAGAUCACGCCGUAGGAAGUUUGAUCAUACCACAGAUAACGGUGAAGACUCAUACGAUUCAAAUGAUAACACUUCUGGAUCUGCCUCGAACAUUUCCAGAAGAUCCAAGAUGAAGAAAACUGGUGGUAAUACAUCUGCAAGAUCUUCAUCUGACACUGACGACACUUUCUUGACCGACGAUCAUGCUUUGAAAUUGUUAUUUGGUUCAGAUUACGAGAAGCCGAAAGAUAAACCCUCUACUAGACAUUCUUCAAAAAGCUUUAAUGGAGUUUCAAGUCUUAAACCAGAGGAAUUAAACGAAGACCUGGAGAUCCUAAGGAGUGCUAUCCACACUAUAUCGCAUACAAAGAAGAUGGCUAGUAAGUAA